GUGUCACACUGUGGGAUGCUAAAACUCUGCAGGAGAAGUCAGUGGAGAAAAAUCAGCACAGCAGUGAGUUUGAAGUCAGUGCAUCUGAUUCCACUAAAACAAAAUCCUCUCUGCUGGAUGUUAAUGCUUCACUAAAGGCCAGUUUCCUGGGUGGACUCAUUGAAGUUGGAGGAUCAGCCAAGUAUCUGAAUGAUAACAAGAAAUCUCACCAUCAGAGUCGAGUCACACUUCAGUACAAAGCUACCACCAAAUUCAAACAGCUGAUGUUGACUCCUGAUGAAACCAAGAACACCCAACAAGCAGAAGAUGUGAAGAAUUUGGCGACACAUGUAGUCACAGGAAUCCUUUAUGGAGCAAAUGCUUUCUUUGUGUUUGACAGUGAGAAGUUAGAUGAUAGCAGCAUUCAAGUCAUCGAGGGCAGCAUGCAAGCAGUGAUAAAGAAGAUCCCCUCAUUUAAUGUUGACGGGAAUGUUGAUAUCAAGCUGAGUGAUGAAGAAAAAGCUGUGACUGAUAAAUUCACCUGCAAGUUCUAUGGAGACUUCAUCCUUGAAAGCAACCCUGGAACAUUUGAAGAUGCAGUGAAGACAUUCAUCCAACUUCCAAAACUACUGGGAGAAAACAGAGAAAACUGUGUUCCACUGAAGGUCACACUGAUGCCUCUGAAGAUUUUAGAUCCAGAAGCUCCUGAGGCAGUGACUGAGAUCAGCAUUGGACUUGUUAUAAAGGCUCAAGAUGCUCUGAAGGACCUCUAUAACCUGGAAAUAAGAUGCAAUGAUCUGCUGGACGACAGAGUGGUGAGAAGCUUUCCACAGAUACAAGAAAAGUUGAGCAGAUUCAAGAAGCUCU